AAUAGAGUCCUAACAAAGGAAUACAUAAAGAGGCUCACUGAGGAGAGAGCAGAAGAGAUAGUGGCUCAAAAACAAGCACAAGAAGGUGUUCCACUGCAAGCAAAAGAAGAGAGAGGGACAACUCAGUAGCAAUCUCAUCGUCAUGGUAUAUAAAUCUUCACCUGGGUGUGAUUUGGGAUGAGGAAAGGUGAGAUGAAACUUGAGGAAGAUCUCGGCCCGGAUCGGGAGGACGACUUCCAAACGGACGACGAAGAAAACCAGGGGAACAGGGUGUUUGAUAAUUUGGAUGAUGAUUCUGAAUCGGAUUCAUCAGUUCUUUCGCAAAAAUUGUCCAAUGAUAAUAUCAUGCCUUCUUGGCCUCAAAGCUAUCGGCAAUCCAUGGACAUGUUAACGAGUGUAACACCACCUGGAAUUAGUUUCAUAAGGCGAAUUGGCUCAAAAGGAAGUAGUAAUAAUCAGUAUUUGACUACAGCAUUCAAGAGAUCUCAAGAAUGGAAGCAAGAGGAUUCUUCUUUGGCUAAACCUCUUGUCUCGGAUCAACUAAAAGAAGUGGAGAAUGGUGUUUCAGAAGAACAACCUGCGAGACAGCAGUCAAGUGUAUUUCAACAUUCCAAGUUUUCUCUUGAUGAUUUGCCACCACCACAACACCAAUGCUCAUUUGCACAGUCAGUUAUUAAUGGAACGAAUAUAUUAUGUGGGAUAGGACUUCUUACGAUUCCAUAUGCUAUAAAAGAAGGAGGAUGGUUGAGCCUUACAAUCCUUAUAUUAUUUUCUAUCAUUUGUUGUUAUACUGGAAUUUUACUGAAAAGAUGUUUGGAAAGCAACCCUGGACUCAAAACAUAUCCAGAUAUCGGCCAAGCCGCCUUUGGAGUAGUUGGUCGCUUAGGGAUUGCGAUAUUCUUGUACAUGGAAUUGUACGCAGCUGCUGUUGAGUUUAUAACACUAAUGAGUGAUAACCUCUCAUCACUGUUUCCUAAUGUCCACAUCAAAGUUGGUGGGAUAGAUUUGGAGACUCAUGUGUUUUUUGCAAUCACUGCAGCUCUUAUGGUUCUUCCUACUGUUUGGCUUCGAAAUCUAAGCCUUCUUUCUUAUAUCUCAGCUGGAGGAAUAUUUGCAACAAUAAUGGUGACAUUAUGCUUGUUUUGGGUUGGGUUGGUUGAUCAUGUUGGAUUGAAACCAGGAAGAAAACUUUUAGACCUUGAAAACAUUUCUGUAUCAGUUGGUCUAUAUGGUUUUGGUUUUGCUGGCCAUGCUGUUUUCCCAAAUGUCUACUCUUCUAUGCAGGAUCCAUCAAGAUUCCCAUCAGUUCUAUAUCUUAGUUUUGCCUUUUGUCUUUUUAUGUACAUGAGUGUUGGUGCAGUUGGAUAUUUAACUUUUGGCGAGUCAGUUGAGUCUCAAUUUACUUUAAACAUGCCCAAAGAGUUAUAUGCAUCAAAGAUUGCAACCUGGACAACUGUUAUAACACCAUUGGCAAAAUAUGCACUAACGAUAUUACCCAUUGCAUUGAGUAUAGAGGAACUUAUCCCUAACAACAAGCUAAGAUGUCAUGCCACAGCUAUUGCUAUUAGAACAUUUUUAGUGAUUUCAAGUUUGGUUGUGGCCCUCUCUGUUCCUUAUUUCGGUCAGUAUUAUUUACAUGCUACGAUCUUCUCUUUCUUAUCUUAAACAUACAUAUCAACUCAAUAGUUGAAGUUAUAUUUAGAAUUAUGUCUCGUCAAA